AUGGCGGUGGGAAGAAGCACCCAGCUAAUCCUAAGAAAUCAAGCUAACCAAAAACGAUUUAAAUACUUAGAAUGGUGUUUAAAGUGUUCAUUUAAGGGGGCGGAGCUUAACCACGGAGCCGAAUGGACGCCAUCAUCCACGGCUCCCCGGCACCAAGACACAAUCUGCCGCGCAUCUCAGGUAGGGGGGGCCAUCGAACCGCGGGACCCACAGCCACAAUCCCAGGGCUCACAGGGCUAUCCACCGAUGCCCUUUUUAUACCCACAAUCGGGCAAAAAACGAGUCCGCAAAUCCCGGGCCUACCUCACUCUCCCACCGGCAUCGCAGCUACCCGUGGGGAUCCCCCUGAGCCUGGAGGACUGGUGCGGACAGCGGGCAGGUCACCAAUCACCCGACAACGAUAUGGGGAGGCGAACACAGAAGCCACAACAGGCAGCACCCAGGGACUCCCAAGAUAUUGGGACUCUGCUGCAACGCACAGCAGGCCACAAAAUGGCGGCCGAACAAGACCAGGAACCUGGCCCCACACACUCAGUGCAGCUGUCCCAGGGAAGCAGCACAGACAUGAGAGCUGAGGCUCCCAGCAGCCCACAAGCAGAGGGGGAUGACUCAGCCCCAGCCACUAAAAGGGACAUCAGACUCCUAUUACAGGAGAUGAAGGGGCUGUUUGACACCGACAUAAACUUAAUCCGCACAGAAACGCAGGCGGUGAUGGCAAGAGUACAGGCCUCUGAAGAAGAUAUACUAGACCUCCGACAGGAG